AUAAGAAAAACAUGUGAUUGUGAAUUUUUAUUUAUUUUUUUUUCUCCAAGGACUUUUAUUUUGCAACGCUCUGCGUUGACACAGCGUAGUGUAGCAUAGCAUAGCACAGCACGGCACAGGCGGCAUGGCAGCAGACAACACGAUGUCUAAUGGACAAGAAGCGGCUUCCCUGAACGGAGAGCCUGCGUUUAAACGAUCUCGGGAAAGUGGAAGCACGGAAUCGCUACCGAUUCCACGGGAGCCUCGGAAUAAAGUGACGGUCGUGCUCGGGGCUCAGUGGGGAGAUGAAGGGAAGGGAAAAGUGGUUGAUCUGUUGGCUAUGGACGCCGAUAUUGUCUGCAGAUGCCAGGGAGGAAACAACGCGGGACACACGGUUGUGGUGGACAAAGUGGAGUACGACUUCCACCUCUUACCCAGCGGCGUACUCAACAAAAAGGCCACGUCUUUCAUCGGAAAUGGAGUUGUGAUUCAUCUCCCUGGACUGUUUGAGGAGGCGGUGAAAAAUUCUCAGAAAGGCCCAGGGCUACAGGGCUGGCAAGAGAGGCUGAAGAUUUCUGAUCGUGCUCAUAUUGUGUUUAACUUCCAUCAGGCUGUCGAUGGUUUACAGGAGCAAGAAAGACAACAGCAGGCAGGGAAGAACUUGGGGACAACCAAAAAGGGCAUUGGUCCAGCAUAUUCCUCCAAGGCAGCACGUAAUGGUCUGAGAGUGUGUGACUUGGUUGCGGACUUCUCGGUUUUUUCUGAAAAAUACCGUGUCCUGGCUAAACAUUUUCAGUCUAUGUACCCUAACCACAACAUUGACGUUGAGGGUGAGCUGGAGCAGCUGAAGGUUUAUGCAGAUAAGUUGCGACCUCUUGUCACAGAUGGUGUGUACUUCAUGCAUAAAGCUCUUACUGGACCAAGCAAGAAGAUUCUGGUUGAGGGUGCUAACGCAGCUCUCUUGGAUAUUGACUUUGGAACCUAUCCUUUUGUGACAUCAUCUAAUUGCACAGUUGGAGGUGUGUGCACAGGUCUUGGUGUUCCUCCAUCCCACAUUGGCCGUGUGUAUGGUGUGGUUAAGGCUUACACCACCCGCGUUGGUGUUGGAGCAUUUCCUACUGAGCAGGACAAUGAGGUUGGUGAGCUGCUGCAGUCAAGAGGAAGGGAAUUUGGAGUUACUACUGGCAGACGGCGACGCUGCGGGUGGCUGGACCUUGUUUUAGUUCGUUAUGCCCACAUGGUCAAUGGCUUCUCAGCUUUGGCUCUGACCAAGUUGGACAUUCUUGAUACUUUGUCUGAGAUCAAAGUUGGUGUGGCUUACACAGUUGACGGCAAGCCAUUGGACAGUUUUCCUGCUAAUAUGGAUGUCCUGACAAAAGUCGCGGUGACCUAUGAGACGUUACCCGGGUGGUGCUGUAGCACAGAGGGAGCACGCACCUUUGAUGACUUGCCACCUCAGGCACAGGGAUACAUUCGCUUUAUUGAGAAUUUCCUACAUGUGCCAGUAAAAUGGGUUGGAGUUGGAAAAUCCAGGGAGUGCAUGAUAAAGCUGCUUUAAGAUGCACAUUACAGGACAGUACCUGAAACCCAUCACAUCACAUACGUCUUCCAGAAACAUAACAUUUCCAGGACUAGAAAUAUUACAUUACAUAUUGGAUUAGUGCUGGACUAAAGAUGAACCUGGGUUUAGAACCCUGAAUGUCUGAAUUAAAGUGAGCACCAGCGUAACAAAAGUUCAGGACCACAGAUAUAAAUAUAGAAAUAAGGGAUUGCACAAUGUUGCAGAUAUAUAUAAAAAAAAAUCAUUUAGAAAACGACUCAGGGUUCAUGUGUAUGAAACAUCAGAAUAAGAGUUCUAUUCUUGCAUAUGUUGCUUUCAUUAAGUUCAAUUUCUGGACCAGUAUUCUUGUCGCAAAGCUUGAUGCAUAUUGGUUUUGAGGUCAUACACUCCCACUUUAGCACUGCACUAAAAUGAGCUUUGUGUAAAUGCACCGUUCGGACCUCUGUACUGUUCUGUAAUUACUGAUUACAGGUUCAAAUCAAUUUUUUUUUUUUUGAGAUCAUGCUCAUCUGAUGACAUUGUCCAUUAUAUACAAAGCUCAGUUUAACAUUAUAAUAAAAAUCAAGGCUUUAUUUUGAUUUGCUGCAUUUUAGGAAAAAAAAAUACUAUUUUUUCAUCCGAGUUUAAAACAGGCUUUUAAAAUCUAUUGUAAAGUGUAGCCAAACUUUUUAUGUAAUCAUGUGUAUGGGGUUUAAUCUAUGACCAUGUGAUUUAAAACAUUGUUUUUAUUUGUACAUUAAAAUAGUUUUGGGUGACUGGUUUUGGAUUACUUUAAAAAAAAAGGUUUCCUUCAGAGCUGUUUAAUAAAAAAUAGAUUUACACGUAAGCUGCUUUUUAUUUUUAUUUUUUCUUCAGUUUUGUAAAUGUAUGCCCAGCACACAAUUUUAACACUUGUGUGGAAGUGUGUAUUUUGUGUGUCAAGUUUGCUGCUGCUUUAGAACAAUAAAGUGUUCUGAAUAACUUGUCUAA